ACAUUUCCAUCAGGAGUUGCAAACUUCACUUCGUUCUUAUUCGCCAAGGCUACCUACACAUUCCUCACUUUACCCGUCUUCGCAAUCAUGUCUUCGUACGACGCCCAGAAGGCCAAGGACUCUGCUGCUCAGACCGCUGAGCACACUAAGAACGUUGGCGCUCAAAAGGCCGGGCAGGCGCAGGACAAGGCUCAGGGAAUGGGUCAAGCGGCCAAGGACAAGGCCAACGAGGCUGGCAACUUCGCAUCCGAGAAGGCCAAUCAAGCCAGCCAGGCAACGUCGGACGCAGCUCAGACUGCCAAGGACAAGGCCGUCGAAGGCAAAGACAAGACCGGCAGCGUUCUUCAACAGACCGGAGACAAGGUGAUGGAAACUCUCACCAAUGCCAAGGACGCCGUCUUGGGCAACAACAAGUAGAUCACAUACAUCAAUAGUUAGGGGGUAGAAUUUAAGCUCCCACGAUGACUACAAUGUUCAGCGUAAUUCUUCAUGUACAGUGUGUUUGUUAGGAGAUCAGGAAGGGCGUUGUUAAUUCCCCCAUUGGCUCAAGUUGCUGUUGCCGCCGCAUGAGGAAAUAUCUCUGCGCGGCAGCGUAGUCUAUGUGUGGCCAAACAGGAGUUCACGUUCAGUUCGCUUGAAUGUGAGCUUUGUAAAGCAUUACUAUUAAUUAUUAUCGACGCCUCAUUCAUCA